AUGGCCUCAAAAGAGAAAUCAGAAGAGGAUUUAACCUGUCCUGUGUGCUGUGACAUCUACACAGAUCCUGUUAUUUUAUCAUGUAGUCACAGUAUUUGUAGAGCCUGUUUACAGCAGCUCUGGAAAACUAAAGGAAAUCAGGAGUGUCCAGUUUGUAGAAGAAAAUCCUCAAAGACCAUGCCUCCCAGUAAUCUGGCUUUAAGGAACCUGUGUGAGACCUUCUUACAGGAGAGAAGUCAAAAAAUUUCAGCAGGGUCUGAGGAGUUCUGCACUCUACACAAUGAGAAACUCAAACUCUUCUGUCUGGAGGAUAAACAGCUUUUGUGUUUGGUGUGUCAGACUUCACGAAGACAUAAAAAUCAUGAGUGCUGUCCUAUUGAAGAAGCUGCAGAGGACAGGAAGGAGGAACUCAAGACUGCACUGAAACCUUUACAGGAGAAGCUGGAGACGUUUAAGAACUUUAAAUCAAGCUUUGAUAAAAUGGCAGAGCACAUCGAGAAUCAAACACAACACACAGAGAAACAGAUUAAGGAGGAGUUUGAGAAGCUACAUCAGUUUCUACGAGAUGAAGAGGCAGCCAGGAUAGCUGCACUGAGAGAGGAAGAGGAGCAGAAGAGUCAGACAAUGAAAGAGAAGAUUGAGGAGAUGAGUAGAGAGAUAUCAUCUCUUUCAGACACAAUCAGAGCCAUAGAAGAGGAGUUAAAAGCUGAGGAUAUCCUGUUCUUACAGUACUUUGACAGAUCAAUGAAAAGAGCCCAGUGCACACUGCAGGAUCCACACAUGCUUUCAGGAGCACUGAUCAAUGUGGCAAAGCACCUGGGCAACCUGAAGUUCAGAGUGUGGGAGAAGAUGCAGGACAUUGUUAAAUACACUCCUGUCAUUCUGGACCCCAACACUGCACCUCCACUUCUCAUCCUGUCUGAGGAUCUGACCAGUGUGAAAUAUAAAGAUGUCCCAGAGCUUCCUGAUAAUCCAGAGAGAUUUCAUAAAUUUCCUGCUGUGCUGGGCUCUGAGGGCUUUAACUCAGGGACACACCGCUGGGAGGUUGAGGUUGGAGACCAUUUAGCGUGGUUCCUGGGAGUGAUACCAGAAUCUGUCAAGAGAAAAAGGUUCAUUCUUCAGAAAAUAUGGGCAAUAGCAUUUCAUAAAAAUAAAUAUAGAGCAUGCUCUCACAAACAUAAAGUCACUCCGCUCAAGGUGAAUGAGAAAAUCCAGAGAGUCAGAGUGGAACUCAAGUGGGACAGAGGAAAACUGUCAUUCUAUGACUCUUUAAAUAAUACACACAUACACACUUUCACACACACUUUUACUAAGAGAGUCUUUCCAUUUUUCCUUACUCUCAGUGGACAGUCCUCUUUGACUGUCUUACCCAUGAAGUCUUCUGUAACAGUCACCUCUGUCUGA